AUGCUACAAUUCACUCGCUAUGUCCUCCGCUUUCCCCGUGCCAUUAAAUCCGUCUCCACCCAUGGGCCUCAACCUGCACGCUGCAUUUCAUUGACUGGCGCAAUUGAAAAGGGAAUUCGGAGGGGUCAGCAAAGCAGGAACAACCUACAAAACCAUUAUGCAAAGCCCACUGCAGAGCCUCAGCAAGACCAGGAUCAUCUGUCGGACUCUUUGGACAUAGAAGGAGAGGAUGGGCAGAAAAAGGAGGUCAUCAUACCAGGCGAAGAAAGACGGAGAGGCCAGAAAAGACGCAAGGGUCCCAGGACUGUACAGCCAGGACAGGAUGUGAAAGGCACGAGAUCGGCGCGCUCUGACAGGAGCGUUUCAGCUUCGAUCCCCUACACGACAGCGGGAUCGGAAUUUCUGUACGGGACAUUUUCCGUCUUGUCUGCUCUCACAGCUCGGCGACGGAAGCUCUACAAGCUCUACAGGCUGCUCCCUCCAGGCUAUGACAAACAGACGAAGAGGGCCAAAGCACUCCUGCCCAAAGAGUCUUUGGAGCAGAUCCAAACUCACAAAAAAAUUCAAAGCCUUGCUGAAAAGGUCGGGAUAGACGUUACGCCAGUUCAAGGACCUCGCUGGCAAGGUGUCUUCGCCAAAGCGUCGGGUGGGCGACCACAUAACGGCUGGAUCCUGGAGGCCUCUCCAAUUCCGAAACUGCCUGUGACUAGCUUGUCAUCGGUACCUCAACCGUCUGACUCGAUUGCUGUCACAGUCGGUUGGGCAUCUGAAGAGGAUCGAGAGAUCAACACCGUUUUCGGUGCGUCUGGAAGCAAAGCCACAAUCCCAUCUGUUCGACCCCGGAAUCGGUAUCCUUUCAUGCUCUUGCUUGAUUGUAUCACGGACACCGGCAACUUCGGUGCUAUCGUUAGGUCGGCUUGGUUUUUGGGGGUCGACGCGAUCCUCAUCCUUGAGCACGGGACUGCACCCAUAUCAACCAACAGUGUCAAGGCUUCUGCCGGAGCCUUUGAGUACAUGCCCAUUCUUCAUAUCAAGAACGAAAGAGAGUUCAUCAGAGACACGCGGAAAAAUGGAUGGAAGUUCUUCGCUGCCGAUGCACCGGAAGCUGAUGGGGGAAUGAUGCGGCGGAUCAUGCAACAAAAGGGACAGAAAGCUUUGGGGGUGGCAGGCUCGUUAUCGAAACAUCCUUGCGUCCUGGUUCUCGGUAAUGAAGAGACUGGCAUUCGACAGUUUAUGCGGACAAUGGUGGAUGGUGUUGCAGGGAUUCCGAAUGCCAGACCUGAAGUGGGAGAUAUUGACAGCCUCAACGUCAGUGUGGCUGCCGCUUUGCUUACCCAAAAGUUCUUUGACACAGCUCAUCCCGAGCUUGAUACAGGUCGUCAACGCCACUCGGAUUAA